AUGGCAUCGUCACUAGGAGAGUGCCCUGUCCGCAAAGCCAAUACCGGUGGUGGCGGAACCCGCAACCUCGAUUGGUGGCCAAACCAGCUCAAGGUCAACAUCCUCCGCCAACACACCACCGUCACCAACCCUCUCGAUCAGGGCUUCGAUUACAGCGAGGCGUUCAAGAGCCUUGACUACGAUGCUGUCAAGCAGGACCUCCACAAGGUCAUGACCGACUCGAAGGAGUGGUGGCCAGCAGAUUUCGGCCAUUAUGGUGGUUUGUUCGUGCGUAUGGCGUGGCACAGCGCUGGUACAUACCGUGUCUUUGAUGGACGUGGUGGUGGUGGACAGGGACAGCAGAGGUUCGCUCCUCUCAACAGCUGGCCCGAUAACGUUUCGCUUGACAAGGCUCGCCGACUACUGUGGCCUGUGAAGCAGAAGUACGGCAACAAGCUUUCUUGGGCCGAUUUGAUGCUUCUGACUGGCAACGUCGCUCUUGAGUCCAUGGGCGUCAAGACCGAGGGUUUCGCUGGUGGCCGUGCCGACACAUUCGAGGCGGAAGAGUCCGUGUACUGGGGUGCUGAGGGUACGUGGCUCGGCAACGAGGAUCGCUACUCGCGCGGUAACGAGGGUAUCGCCGAUUCUGGUGUCGUGGAUGGCCAGCAGUCCGAGAAGGAACACAAGGACAUCCACUCCCGCGAUCUCGAGAAGCCACUGGGUGCCGCACACAUGGGUCUGAUCUACGUCAAUCCAGAAGGUCCUGACGGUGUUCCCGACCCUGUCGCCGCUGCCCGUGACAUCCGCACAACCUUUGGCCGCAUGGCAAUGAACGACUACGAGACCGUUGCCCUCAUUGCUGGUGGCCACGCUUUCGGCAAGACCCACGGAGCCGGCCCAGCUGACAACGUUGGCAAGGAGCCACAAGACGCUCCCAUCGAGCAGCAGGGUCUCGGCUGGACCAACAGCUACAAGUCUGGCAAGGGCCCAGACACCAUCACGUCCGGCCUCGAGGUCAUAUGGACGAGCACACCUACCAAGUGGAGCAACCACUACCUUGAGUACAUGUACAAGUACGAGUGGGAGCUUACCAAGUCGCCCGCUGGUGCCAACCAGUGGACUGCCAAGACCGACGACAAGAUUAUCCCAGACGCGUACGACUCGAGCAUCAAGCACAAGCCUACCAUGUUGACCACCGAUAUUGCUCUGCGCUACGACAAAGACUACGACAAGGUCUCUCGCCACUUCCUCGAGCACCCAGAUGAGCUCCAUGAUGCUUUCGCCAAGGCAUGGUUCAAGCUCCUCCACCGUGACAUGGGCCCACGCACUCGAUGGCUGGGCCCCGAAAUUCCAGCUGAGGUGCACAUCUGGGAGGACCCAGUGCCAAAGGCCGAGGGCGCUCAGCUCAGCGACAGCGAUGUUGCUUCGCUGAAGAAGGAGAUUCUCGCUUCCGGCAUUGAGCCAACCAAGCUCAUCCGCACUGCGUUUGCCUCUGCCUCCACAUACCGCGGCUCUGACAAGCGCGGUGGUGCCAACGGCGCCCGCAUUCGUCUCGAGCCACAGAAGGACUGGGAGAUCAACAACCCAUCCGAGCUCAAGGAGGUCCUCAGCGCGCUCGAGAAGAUCCAGCAAGGCUCCAAGAAGGUCUCGAUGGCCGAUCUUAUUGUCCUUGCCGGUUCCGCUGCCGUCGAGAAGGCCGCUGGUGUCCAGGUCCCAUUCACACCAGGUCGCACCGAUGCCAGCCAGGAGCAGACCGACACCACGACCUUCGAACACCUCUACCCGUCCCGUGAUGCUUUCCGUAACUACGGCAAGUCCACCGACCGCGUCAAGACCGAGCAGUUCAUGAUCGACCGUGCUCACCUCCUCACCCUUACUGCACCAGAGAUGAUCGUUCUGCUUGGUGGUCUGCGCGCACUCAACGCCAACUGGGACGGCUCAGACCUCGGUGUGCUUACCAAGACCCCUGGAAAGCUCACCAACGACUUCUUCGUCAACUUGCUCGACGUCGACACCAUCUGGAACCCCAAGGGCAACGACCAAGAGUUGUUCGAGGGCGUGGACCGCAAAUCCAAGAAGGCCGUCUGGUCUGCUACCCGUUCUGACCUCAUCAUCGGUGCUCACCCAGAGCUCCGUGCUGUCGCCGAGAUCUACGCUAGCAACGAUGCUAAGGACAAGUUCAACAAGGACUUUGUUGCCGUGUGGCACAAGGUCAUGGACUUGGACAGGUUCGAUGUCCCUGGCCACCCCAACAACAACAUUCAGGCUCGUUUGUAA